AUGGGGUCACCAGUUGUUGUAUUAGCCUCCCGGGUUUUAGAACCUGUCUAUGGACAAAGUUGUUCAGCUUCUCCACAACAAAUUGUUGUCUACAGAGGGCACAAUACAACUAUCACAAGUCCAGGUUACCCAUCAAAUUACGGCGAUAACCUUGUCUGUACCUGGCGUUUUCAAACUGGCAGCUAUCUCAGUGAUGUAGUGAAGGUGACAUUUAACGAAUUUCAGGUUGGAGUGAAUUCCUUUCGAUCAUGUUAUGGUGACCAUUUGGACUUUCAUGAUGGUGACAGCACUACGUCCAAUCUCCUUGGGUCCUACUGUGGAACACUGCAUCCUGAGGUUAUUUAUUCCACCGGUCUUUCCUUGUAUGUAAAGUUCAUAUCUGGCUAUUUUUACAAUGACAAGGGUUUCAGUUUCAAUGUUGCAGCUGUUGCAAAAGAUGAAGCCGCUGGAAUAUGUCGUAAAACAUCUGGAGUCUCAAAUGAUUACGUCAUGCCGCUCAGUGGCCCUUCCGGUACAAUAUUGAGUCCUGAUUAGCCAUAUCCA